UUUAGUACUGUGGUAUGUAGACUUUAUCUUUCUCUCUACGAUCUUAGGCCAUUCACGGAUGCUAACCCUGGCAUAAAAGAYUUUCUGCUAUCCUUUCUUCGGCCCUGGAACCUUAAAUUGUAGCUAGAAGACGCAAGAUUACCCAAAGGACAUCUUAAUUUGGGGAAGCAAUGGCUUUGCGGCAGUCAUUUCGCACUAAACACGUMUCCAAAUUCAAGCAUGUAUUUGGUAAACCAAAUAAAAAAGAGUUCUGUUACGAAGGAAUAAGAAUCUCCAAGAACGCGUGGGAAAGUAAUUUCUGUGCUGUAAAUCCAAAAUUUCUGGCUGUAGUACUAGAAGCUCAAGGUGGAGGUCCUUUUAUCGUUUUGCCUUUAGAAAGGUAUGGUCGUAUUCCUCUAACCUACCCAAAAGUCUGUGGCCACAAGGGACCAGUGUUGGACAUUCAAUGGAAUCCUUUUGAYGACAACACAUUAGCAUCAGCAUCAGAGGACUGCACUAUCAAAAUUUGGUAUAUUCCCGAUGGAGGUUUAAAUGAAGAUUUGAAGGAUUAUGUUGGUCAACUAUGUGGGCAUGAAAGAAAAGUCGGCAUUGUUCGAUGGCAUCCAUGUGCAAGUAAUAUCAUCGCGAGUGCUGGCUUUGAUAAUGUGGUGAUUAUUUGGGAUGUCGAGCGUGAAGCCGCAGUUCUGAUACUCAAAGGACACCCGGACACUAUAUUUUCAUUGUCUUUUAAUUGGAAUGGAAGUUUGAUUGCAACGACGUGCAAGGAUAAAAAGAUCCGGGUGAUAGAUCCAAGAGAAGGCAAGCUUAUAGCUAGUGAUUUUGGACACAGAGGUCCUAAAGGAUCCCAAAUAACAUUUGUUGGAAAUUCAAAUUAUUUGUUUACUUCUGGUUUUUCGAAAAUGAAUCAACGAGAGGUUGCACUGUGGGACUUGGCCAAUGGAUUACAUAAACCACUUACAAUUGAGCCAGUUGACGAGUCCUCAGGAUUACUAAUGGUGUACUACGACCCAGAUACAAGAAUGGUCUAUCUAGCGGGCAAGGGCGAUGGUAACAUUCGCUAUUAUGAAAUUCUUGAAGAGGAGCCUUACCUUGUGUUACUAAAUGAAUACAGAAGCUCAUCGCCGCAGCGUGGCUUCGGUGUCAUGCCAAAACGUGCCCUUGAUGUAGCCCACUGUGAGGUGGCCCGGUUUUUUAAGCUCCACAAUAAUGGGUUUAUUGAACCUAUACCAAUGAUUGUUCCUCGUAGGGAUUCAGGGACCAUCCAUUUUGAUCUCUUUCCGCCAACACUGUCAAACAGACCAGCAAUGUCUGGAGAUGAAUGGUUGAGAGGGAUGAAUAAGGGUCCACUCCUUGACGAUCUGUUAGCUGGAAUAACAGGAGACAAUGGGAUGAGCCGAGAAUCUUAUGAAGCAGUGACACCUAUCAAAGCAAGAACUGAAAAAAGGAAAGAGAAUCCGAUCAUGCAAACGCAAAAUGAUGUAGCCUAUAGUGAACCACAUCUUGUCAAUGGCAACAAAGGAGAAACAACGAGCAGGAAGGGUGACUACAUGUCAUGGGAUCUUGAUACUUUGCGUGUGGCGUAUGCUGAUUUAUUCGAAGAAGUUCAUUCACUCAAGAUGCAGCUCAAAGUCCGAGAUGCAAAAAUUGACAAACUUGAGAGAGACCACAAAUACUAUAGCGACAAAUUUGGGUUCUAAGGACCUCACAAGAACCUGUUUYUCAAGUAAAACCAUUUUGUAAUGAAAAAAACAAAUUCAACGAAAAGAAUAAGAGUGCAAUGCUCUGCACUUAAAUCCCUAAAAAGACAGAUUCUUCGAAUUUUUCUAGGUAGUCUUUACAAUGUAUUUUAAUAUUUCCUUUGGCAUAGCUUUAUAGUAGCUAUGAGAGAACUAAAAAACUUCUCUCAAAUGAUGGUAGUAUAGAUUUGAACAUAUUUUAGGUAUUAUAUAUYAAUCAUUUUGCACAAUAUUUUUUCAAGUUGAAAAAAAGAUAAUAAUAAUAAUAAUGUAUACGAAUUUGUUGAUUUUUAAAAAUUUGUUUGUACAUUCAAUCAAUCAAUUAAGUAGUGCUCAUUUACGAUAAAUAUGAUAAUUGUUACCGGCGUUUGCAUUGCUAAGCGGCCACCCCAGACAAAAAUCGUGACCUGCACUUUGCAAUAGACUGCCGUCAAUCAAACAUGUUGACUCCAUUUACACGCGUGUGCGAUACAAAGGGCACCAAAACUUCARUCGAUUGUUUACAAGUAUUAUGAGCCACACUCACUGGGCCUACUAGUAUCCGAGCCGAUCCAAACGCGURUAAAUGACGUCGACUUGUUUGAUUGAUGGCAGUCUAUUGCAAGGUGCAUGUCGUGAUUUUUGUCUGGGGUGGCCGUGUAGCAAUGCAAUUGGCUGUAAUAGCAUAUCAUAAGGAGGCUGCAUACAGGGUCAAAAUUGGGCACUGAGAUGCAGUCCAAAAUAGAAUGCAGUUAAUAGCUCUCAAUCACAUAAAUACUGUUGGUUGUAUAGUAUAUACUUAGACUGUGAGCACAUACUUCCACAUAUACACCUAUUUCAAAAAAAUUUGUCGGUUAUUGGAUAUCUGAAAUCAGAAAUUUUGGACUGAUUGGAAUUGUGGGGGAGGGAGUGUUUUCUCAUUAAAAAUUCAACAUACACUUACCCAGAUAGUUUGCAAGCGCAGGUCAUUGCUCAAAGUUAGUAUAUCAAGUUAUUAACAGCUUACAACCCACAAUUCCUUUCGGUCUCAGAUUUCAGAUCUCCGACUGACAACGUUUUUUGAAAUAGGUGUAUAUCCCUGGAGACUCAGUAAAGAUGAGUUUUUAGAAUAGAGGUUUUGCACUAUUACAAGAUGGCAUGCAGCCAUGUUAGAAUUGGCAGGAUUAAUGCAAUUGUAAUUGCAAUUGUCUAACCCGGCAAGAACCUAGACUGCGAGCUAAGUCCCUCUAUUUCCCUUGUUCGCUGUCUGUCUGUCUGUCUGUGUCGAUUGGUCGAGGAAGGUUGGUUACGAGUCAAAAGUCCUUUCUUUCGUCUCUCCCUCCCCAUCCCCCUCCCCCAGGGACUUUUGACUCGUAAACAAUAUUCCUCAACCAAUCGACACGGAACGUUCAGAUGGAUAGUGACCAAAGGAAAUAGAGGGACUUAGCUCUUAGUCUAGCAAGAACCAUGUAUCAAUGUGUGUGCAUAUGCAUGAUUACAUCAGAUAACUGCUGAUAGAUUACACAGGAAGUCAGGUUAUCGCUGGUGUAAUAUGAUUUAUGCCGCUCUUUUGUUAAUUAUAUAUAUUGUGACUUGUUCUAUA